AUGGCUCUUCCAGUCAUCCCUGACCAUACUCCCAUUGAGUUGUCUCGCAAAGGCAAGACGACGGAGAUGCCUGCUCGACCAGAAUUGACCCCUGUCUUCUCCAUAAGUUUGCUGGAACAACAAGUCAGCAAGGGGAUCCCUCAACAAUUCCCAUCUAUGAGCUCUAGAGAGGGCACAUACAUACUUGCUCCCAACAAUUUUUCGGAAAGUGGACGUGCUACAUUUACAUGCUACACCUACUGCAAGGGAUCCGAGAGCAUCACCCCAGCCUUGUCUGUAAGCUGGAGGAGGAACCAGACAAAGGUAAAGACUGGAGGAAUGUAUGCAGUGUCAGCCCCAGAACAGAGACACUGGGACGGGUUCUGGUCCAGUACUCUUGACAUCACAGGAGUUGAGAAGACAGAUACCGGAGAUAGAUACUCUUGUCAAAUCGUAGAGAAACAGGGCUUCAAAACGGACUGGAGUCAAGAAUAUAUAGUUGGUGUGAAUACCCUGGCGGAAGAUGACACAAACUACACAGUCACCAACGACGGCAUCAAGGUCACGGUUGUCUGGAAGAUACCCAACCUUAGUCAUAAAUUCAAGGUUAGGUCCCCCAUCGGUCUGAUUUCAAUGGAGUCUACUAAAGUCAGCCUUGACCUUAACUACAUCUCCAGGAUGACAAUCGUUGUCAUCACCUCAACUGAUGAUGUUGUCUUGUGGCUUCAGUUCGAUAAUGUUACAACAGCUGAUGCUGGCUCGUACUCCUGCACGAAAAUCAGCGAUGAUGACAUAAUACCAGGCUGUACACACUUCCUAGUUGUCUCACACCGACCAAUCAUUACGGGCAUAACGGUGAACGGAACAAGAAAUGUGAUUGUGAAUGAACAUGAAACUGUGAGUUUCCAGUGUGACGUACACAGUAUACCGCCACCAUCAUCCAUACAUGUUCAGCAGAAAGAAACCAACAGCAUACAUGACGUGGUCAUCAAGGACAUCAACUGUACUCACACUGGGACGUAUGUGUGUGUAGCUCGCAAUGCAGUCGGUGAGACCAUAGGGAAGGAAACUGUCGCCAUCAAAGAUGUUAUAUCACAACCAAGAAGGUGUGAUUCCUCCGACAAAUAUGUUGCAAUGAGCUACGAGAGUAAAAGUGUUUCGGGGACAUUUCUUGUCUGCAGUUACCAGGAACCAAAUCAUAUAAUGGAAUACUUGGACAAAGGCGUCAAUGUCAUAGAUAUGUCGGACAGCGGCCGACACAAACUAUCCAGGGACGAGGGUGAACCUUUCUAUACGUUCACGUUUUCCAUCUCAAGAAUGCAAACGAGGGACCUUGGAACCUAUAAACUCUCUGUCGUCAAUGAGAAAGGAACACUGGAGCUUUUUGUUCAACUUUUUGACCAAGGUACAACUAUGACCAACACAAUCAUCGUCAUCACGAGCUCCGUUACAAUUUUUAUUGCUGCAGUCUUCAUCACUGUGGCUAUUGUGGCAUUCGGACGACUGAAAAGUGAGUGUUAACAUUUC